AUGUACACCUUUCCUUGGAUCCUCCUUUUUACCAAAUUCCUGCUUCCUUUUUCCUACGCCCUAUCCAAAGACCACGCUCUUAAUCUACCUGACACAGUGGUGAUUGAAGAAAAGCUAUUGGAAGAAUUGCCCAGUGGACAUAUAAUUCUAAACCUUAACAAAGUAGUAACUUUGCACGAUACUCGUCACAAUGCUUCUCAGCACCGCUUCGCUUCCGAAUCAAGAAUAUUUACGCUAAUUCCUGCUGAACAGCACGAGUACUUUCGUGUUUCUCCGAACCAUGAUUUGGUAGUAGUUAAACGAAUUGAUCGCGAGACUAUCUGUGGAACUGUAGAACAGGACGAAUGUCUGCUUCGACUGCAGUUUAACGCUCUGCAGAUGGUGGAUCACAAUUCCAGAACUCUUUUGCGCACUGUUUUUGUGAGAUUUCUUCUUGUGGACACAAAUGACAAUCGUCCAAUCUGCCAGCCCCCAUCUACCGCUCUCAAGGACGAUCAGCACUCUAUCCCAACCAUAGAGGUAUCUGAGGAUGCUCAUUUAAAUGAAGUGCUUGCCUCUUGGACUGUAAUAGAUGCAGACACCCCAAAACACGGUAUUUAUGGCUUUCGUCAAUUGUCAACCUCACCAAUUGACUACGCUGGCGAUCAGUUUUCCCUCGAUCUCUCAGAAGCCACACUGACCCAACGUCCGUGGUCCAAGGUCACACUUCAACUACGGUUAAAUCGCCCCUUCAAAAAGCAACCAUCCAUGAAUUCCAGAAGUUCUAGAUUAUUGGGCGAAUACCUGAUAAAAUAUGCAGUCUGGGAUAGUUCCGACGAACCGAGUGAUUAUAGUUCCUCCCACAGGACAGUUUGUCAUCUUCGCGUACACGUUUUGGAUAUUAAUAAUCACCAUCCAGAAUGGAUUAGUCCACAGGAGUUCAAAUUCAACCAACCAGUCCGAGUUGAUUUGAAGGAGGGCACUGUUGGAAGUAUGGGGCGGAACAACCACAUUCUGAAACUUGAAGCAACAGAUGGGGAUAUUGGUCCGAACGCGCGUAUCCAAUACCACAUGAUGAUGGACACUGAUAAGUCAUUGGAAGUGGAGAGUCUUCUCAACAAUCUUCUACACCUCGAUCCCCGCACAGGUGUUCUUCGAUUACGGCGUUAUCCUAUCGAUUAUGAGGCCAUUUCUCGUCAACUCCCUCUAAAACAGGUAAGUUCGAACGGCAACGAAGGUGCAGGCAUUCGGUUUUUUGUGAAAGCAGUUGAUUCUCCAAAAGAUGAGUCACAGCAGCGCAGCAGCUCAGUCGGCGAGGUUGUACUGUACAUUCACGAUAUUAAUGACGCUCAUCCGAAAAUCACUGUGCUUCCCAUUUCCCUAAUGCCUUCGUUCAGCCCAGGUGGUAAAAAGACACUGAGUGUACGCGAAAAUCUCCCAGCCCUAGAACCUGUCGCAACAGUGAGUGUGGAAGAUCCAGAUACUGGCAGUGGAGGUCGUGUAGAAUGUGAUCUGAUUGAAGUUUCCUUAAAAAAUGGCUCAACGCCAAACUUUCGCUUGAUUAAAACCACCUUCCCUGAAUGGACUACAAAACAAAGCAACAUGGGAUAUCAGAUUUUAACCGCGGGUCCUUUGGAUCGUGAAGCGCAGAGCUCUCACGAUCUUCGCCUUAUCUGCAUUGAUAGCGAAGGGGCAACGGAUCCCAACGAGGUACGGCUGACUUCCGUCGUGAAUAUUUUUGUUCGCGUUUUGGAUGAAAAUGACUGCUCUCCUACGGCUUCUCCCAUAGAGAAUGAGUUUCUUUCAGACGGAACAACAGUAGCAUGCAAGGUGGUGGAAAAUGUGAAUCAAGGCAUGAAGAUCUGUCAGAUUAAGGCCGUUGACUCGGACGAAGGAGAGAACGCGAUGGUGGAGUGGACGGCAGGAAAUGACAUGCCCAGUUGGUUGAAGGUAGAUGCCGACAGCGGAUGGCUAGUAGCCUCUGGACCUGGAGGUCCCGACAGGGAGAUGGCUGAGCGUCAUAACUUUUCGGUUAUUGCAACAGAUGGGAGGAGAGGAAAGACUCGCCUCUCCACCACCGUAGCUGUCUCUCUUGAGGUGACUGACGUCAAUGACCACGCUCCCGAGAUCGGGUCCUUCUUCUACUUCGCCAUCUCUGAGUCGGCUCCACCUGGCACAUUUAUCGGACGUCUGAAUGCUACAGAUAGGGAUAAAACGGGAACGGAUAACGCGGCGCUUACUUACACCAUUGCGAGAAUGCGACCGUACGAUCCUAAUAGGAUAUCUUCUUCUGAGGUGGAUGAAAAACCCGGUGUUUGGUCGUACCCCAACGCAGGUUCUCAAAAAAGCAAAAUUCCUGUAGUGGUAAGCUAA